AUGGUGACCCCUCCAUCCACCAUCCACGACCCAGAGUCGACAUCGAUCCUUGACCGCGCUACUCGGGUCCUCUCAAUCGAAGCUACCGCCCUAUCACAUGUUACCAGAUUGUACCAGACAGAUCCUAACGCCAGAGAGGGACUGCUUGGCGCAGUCGAAUGCAUCACCAAAUCACAAGCUGCCGGAGGAAAGAUCAUUGUUUGCGGAGUGGGCAAGAGUGGCCUCGUUGGCAGAAAGACUGUCGCGACGCUGAAGAGUCUGAGCAUCGCUGCCAGCUUCAUGCACGCUGCCGAGGCCGCACAUGGUGACCUUGGUGAUAUCCGCGAGCACGACGUAUUGUUCUUCAUCUCGUACAGCGGCAAAACUCCCGAACUGCUCAACCUUCUUCCUCACCUACCUCGCCAACUCCAGAUCGUCGCCUUGACCUCGCAAUCGAAGGCAUCCGAAUGUCCCCUCCUGAAAGAGCAUGAGAAUGGUAUAUUACUUCCAGCACCUUUAUUCGAGCUGGAAGAGGUUUCUUUUGGUGUAUCGGCGCCAACAACAUCCACAACCGUGCAGAUUGCCAUUGGCGACAUGCUUGCACUCACUGUCGCUGAUCAGCUGCACGAGAACAAGGGCAAGACCUUCAAAAAGAAUCACCCUGGUGGUGCCAUUGGCGCUGUGACUAGAGAAUCGGCAAAGAGUAUUGCUGAUGCUCGUCAACAGCCUGUUGCUCCUCUCGAGGUUGUUCCUCUCGAGUUACCAUCUCCAAGCCUGUCUGCACAGAGCGACUCCUGA